UAUAUUUUAUUUACUAUCUUUUUUCGAGUAUUUUUAUUUAUUUGUGAAGUGGUAUUUAUGAUUUUAACCAUAAUUUGUCGAUAGAACGUUACUCCUUGUGAAAAUGACGGAAAUUUUAUUCCAAUGCCUGCUCGGAAUUCAAUGUCAGGAUUUUGUUAUGAUCGCAGCUGACCAAACUUUGGCUCAAAGUGUUUUAUUAUUAAAGACUGAUGGUAACAAAUUGCAUGAAAUAUCAGACACAAUACUGAUAGGACUGAACGGUAACUUGGGAGACACGACGCAAUUCGCUCAGUUCGUAUCAAAGAACGCUCAGUUGUAUAAACUGAAGAACCAGUAUGGACUGAACACGGCUUGCGUCACGCAUUUCGCGAGAACCAACAUGCUUGAGGCGUUGAGGAAAGGAACACCAAACAUGUUAAACAUUGUGGUGGCCGGAUACGAUGAGGAGAGCGGAUGUCAGCUAUACACUAUGGACUUUCUGGGGGCCUGUCUGCGCGUGCCUUACGCCGCGCACGGCCUUGGCGGAUACCUCAGCUGGGGCAUCCUAGAUCAUUACUACAGACCUGAUUUAUCAGAGCAGAAUGCAUACGAGGUACUGAUGUGCUGCGUGCGAGAGGUGCAUCUGCGGCUGUUCAUGAACUUAGCCAACUUCCAAGUGAAGACCAUCACUAAAGACGGCGUCAAAGUGCUGCCCACUAUCUGCUCCACCUCCUUGCAGUAAAUACAACUCGGAACACAGGACACAUGAAUAAUAAUUGUCGCUAAUGAGUUAGUGUAGAUGAUUUAAUUCAUACCAAGAGGAGAUAUGUUUGUCGGAUCUAUAGUAUAAAAAUUCUCCUGUUAAUGUUUUCUAUUUUAUAGUAAUUUUAUAUUUAAUCACUACGCCA